AUGCAGGAGACACCAUUCUGCCUCAGAGUUGGACACUUUCUCCCCUAGUCCAUGUCAGAUUCAAACACAACCGACUUCACCAACCCCUCCACCUUCAUCCUGCUGGGCAUUCCUGGCCUGGAGGCAGCCCACGUCUGGAUCUCCAUCCCCUUCUGCACCAUGUACACCAUAGCCGUCUUGGGGAACUUCACCAUCCUGCUCAUCGUGAAGAGGGAGCCAAGCCUGCAUAGGCCCAUGUACUAUUUCCUCUGUAUGCUGGCCGUCACUGACAUGGUCCUGUCCACGUCCAUCCUGCCCAAAACACUGAGCAUCUUCUGGUUCAAUUCCAGGGAGAUCAAUUUCAGUGCCUGCCUCACCCAGAUGUACUUCAUUCACUGCUUCACAGGGAUGGAGUCUGGGAUCUUCGUAGCCAUGGCUUUGGAUCGCUGUGUGGCCAUAUGUGAUCCCUUAAGGCAUUCUACCAUCCUGACAAACCCUGUGGUGGCCAAGAUUGGCCUGGCUGUGGUGCUGCGCGGUGGCAUAUUUGUACUGCUCUAUCCCUUCCUGGCUAGGCAGUGGCCUUAUUGCAGAACCAACAUCAUCCCCCACACAUACUGCGAGCACAUAGCUGUCGUGAAGCAGGCCUGCGCUGACAUUCGUGUCACUGUUUACUACGGCCUCUUUUUGAUAGUCUCUGGGAUGGGUCUGGAUAUGUUUUUUAUCACCAUGUCCUAUAUCCAGAUCCUCAGAGCCAUCUUCAGCCUCCCCACAAAGGACGCCCGGCUCAAGACUUUUGGGACCUGCAUCUCCCACCUCUGUGCCAUCUUAGCCUUUUAUGCCCCAGCUCUCUUCUCCUUCCUCACGCAGCGGUUUGGCCACAAUGUACCCCAGCAUGUCCACGUUCUCAUGGCCAACAUGUACCUCCUGGUUCCUCCCAUGCUAAACCCCAUCAUUUAUGGGGUGAGGACCAAACAGAUCCGAGACAGGCUGCUCCGGCUCUUCCCUCAUAAAGGGACCUAA